CUAGUUCAGUAGUUCCUUCCUCUCCAAGUAGUUUCUUCCUCCAAUCUCCAAGAGGACGACCAACACUCCACCCUUCCCAUCUUCCAUCUCUCCUCCCUCCCUCUCCCGCAGCGGGCAGACCCCACCGGCCUCCACAUUGCCUCCACGCAGCCGCUCAGCGGCAGCCCCAAGGCCCCUCCGGUCUCCACAUCGCCCCCCACGCCCCGCACAGCCGGCAGCCACAAGACCCUCCAGGCGCACGCCCCGCACCUUCCUCCACGUAAAUGAGAUCAUAAUCUUCCCAUUCUUUAUAUCGGAUCAAUCUUUGCUUUAUAAUUUAAACAAUCAGGUGGUUGUUCCUAUAAUUUUGCUUGAAUUUGUGAGGUAAAAGUUAAGGAUACAGGACAAAAUUUUUUUAGAUAUCUUCUCUUUUUCAUUAAUUAUGACAUCAUAUUGACAUCACUGAUCAACCAACGGUUCGACCGAUCCGAUGACCUUCCGGGUCAGCCACCGAUCCCAUUUUCAAGGCCGUGGGUCUAUCCAUUUAAGUGAAACUUGCGCAGGAAGUGACCCGAGAAUCCGCGCUCGUUCUCUCUGCAUCCCCUCUCUGCAUCCAUACUCACUUUCAGUCUCUUUCUAGGUCUUCAGAGCUCAAAGCAGCAGCAAUGGAUCUGAAAAUGGAUCAGAAUGCCCCUCACACCAUGGGCACAACCAUCAUCGGAGUCACCUACAACGGAGGCGUUGUUCUCGGUGCCGACUCCCGAACCAGCACCGGAGUAUAUGUUGCUAAUCGGGCAUCAGACAAAAUCACGCAGCUGACAGAUAAUGUCUAUGUCUGUCGCUCUGGAUCGGCCGCAGAUUCUCAAAUUGUCUCUGACUAUGUGCGUUACUUUCUUCAUCAACACACGAUCCAGCUUGGGCAGCCUGCAACUGUUAAAGUUGCUGCCAACCUUGUCAGAAUGCUAUCAUAUAAUAACAAGAACAUGCUACAAACUGGCUUAAUUGUUGGUGGAUGGGAUAAGUAUGAGGGAGGUAAAAUAUAUGGAAUCCCUCUUGGUGGAACAAUUAUAGAGCAGCCUUUUGCUAUUGGAGGUUCUGGAUCCAGUUACUUGUAUGGAUUUUUUGAUCAAGAGUGGAAAGAAGGAAUGACCAAGGAAGAAGCUGAGCAAUUAGUGGUGAAGGCAGUUUCACUUGCCAUUGCACGAGAUGGUGCUAGUGGGGGUGUUGUUCGUACUGUCAUUAUAAACUCAGAGGGAGUAACGAGAAACUUCUAUCCAGGUGACAAGCUACCUCUUUGGCAUGAGGAGUUGGAGCCCAAGAAUUCAUUGCUGGAUAUUCUAAACGCUUCUAGUCCAGAGCCAAUGAGCAUGUAAUACAGAGGGUCAGACAACCUAUAAAUAAACAUAAAACGUUUGUAAUUCAAGUCUAUUGGGACUUUCAUUUUCUAUGGGCUCAAAAAGUGUAGUAUUCGGAUUGUGCACAUUAUCUCAUAUUUAUCCCUUGGCUAAACUAGAGGACUGGACCAUAUGAAACAAAUAUUAGCAUGCUUGUGUUGUUCGACUGAUUUGCAUUUUCGACUCCAACCAUCACGUGGGAGCCGUUCAUAUGAUUUGCACGGAAAAGAACUAGAAAUUGUUUCAUUAAA